AAUGCCAUUUUUGGAUGGUUCCCCAACUCUAGGAACCUUCGCCCUCCCACUCUCCCUCCAUUUCAGGGCUUGCAAACAACACAACAAAUACACUUAAAUUUCAAACAAAAAAUUUUAUCAGAAAGAAAGCGAGAAUUUCAUAAAUAUAUAAAAUUUGGGUUUCAAGAAUGGUGGAUAUGAUGCCACCCAUCAUCAUUCUUUCUCAUGUGCUCUUCAAUCCCUAUAUGCAUAUAUACAAGUAAAAUAUAUACAUACACAUAUACACACAAGCAUUGCAUCUAUCGCCCUUAGCCAUUCAUUCCCCUUGUUCUGAAUUUAUCCCCCGGCUUGCUUUCUAGGGUUUUGAGAAAAAGAAAUAAUCAUAUUAAUCAUAAAGCUCGCACCUUUUUCAGAUAAGCAUACAUAUUUUUUUUUUCUCAUAUACAUAUAUCUACAUAUCUAGGGAAUCAUUUGCUUUUGGGUGUCUUUGACAUAUGGGUUUUGCUUUAUCAGAUUGGUUUCUCAAAGAAAAAGAGUGAUAUAUAGAGAGAGAAAGAGAGAGAGAGAGGGACAUAUAUACAUAUGACCAUAUAUGUAUAAUGUAAAGAGAAUAUGAUCUGAUGUGUGGAGGGAUUUCUCAUUUCUGUGGUUCUAUUGUUAUUCAACGGUCUUACUUCCCCUUUCAUCGGAGGCUGUGAAGACCCAACUCUCUUUUCAAGAAUUUUAGAGAGAGAAAGCUUCCUGAAACUUUAGAGAGGGGGAGAGAGAGAGAGAGAAGAAAUAUACACAUUGGGCUGUGUCGCUGGAGGGGGGUGGUGAGAUGUUGCAAUUGGUAGGGGAAGAGGGAUCUAACAUGGAGAAGGAAUUUGAUUCAAAGGUUAAGCUGCAGAACAGUUCAUCCACCAAUUCUCAGAGAUCCAAAAGCUUUGCAUUCAGAGCUCCCCAGGAAAACUUUACCAUCCAAGACUUUGAAUUGGGCAAGAUCUAUGGAGUUGGUUCAUAUUCCAAGGUUGUUAGAGCAAGAAAGAAAGAUACCGGAAAUGUUUAUGCCUUGAAAAUCAUGGACAAAAAGUUCAUCACCAAGGAGAGUAAGACUGCUUAUGUGAAAUUAGAGCGCAUUGUACUCGAUCAGCUAGAUCAUCCCGGCAUUGUGCGACUAUACUUUACGUUUCAAGACACCUUUUCACUAUAUAUGGCACUUGAGUCCUGUGAAGGUGGAGAACUUUUUGAUCAAAUAACUAGGAAAGGGCGUCUGCCUGAAGAUGAGGCUCGUUUCUAUACUGCAGAAGUUGUGGAUUCUCUUGAGUACAUACAUAGUAUGGGAUUGAUACAUAGAGAUAUUAAGCCGGAGAAUCUGCUGCUUACUACAGACGGGCACAUCAAGAUUGCCGACUUUGGGAGUGUUAAGCCGAUGCAAGAUAGUCGAAUAACAGUCCUACCAAAUGCAGCGUCAGAUGAUAAAGCUUGCACCUUUGUCGGGACAGCUGCUUAUGUUCCUCCAGAAGUUUUAAAUUCCUCGCCCGCAACUUUUGGAAAUGACCUCUGGGCACUUGGCUGCACGGUGUAUCAAAUGCUCUCGGGGACAUCUCCCUUCAAAGAUGCUAGUGAAUGGCUUAUUUUUCAAAGAAUUAUUGCCAGAGAUAUUAGAUUCCCAAACUACUUCUCUGAUGAAGCCAGAGAUCUUAUCGAUCAAUUGUUGGAUAUUGAUCCUAGCAGAAGACCCGGUGCAGGACCUGACGGUUAUGCUUCGCUUAAAAAACAUCCUUUCUUUAGAGGGGUUGACUGGGAAAAUUUGAGGUCUCGAACUCCUCCACGGCUAGCUAUGGAGCCAAAAUCUCAUUCUUCUAAUAGCGGAGGUGAUGACCAAGAAUCGUGGAAUCCCUCACAUGUGGGGGAUGGUUCAGCUAGAACAAACGAUGGAAAUGGCGGAGCCUCGUCUUCUGAAGCUGCCGGUAGCAUCACUAGGCUAGCCUCAAUUGAUUCUUUCGAUUCAAAAUGGCAACAGUUUUUAGAGCCCGGUGAGUCGGUUCUCAUGAUCUCCAUGGUAAAAAAAAUACAGAAGCUUAGUAACAAGAAAGUACAGCUUAUCCUCACAAACAAACCGAAGCUUAUUUACGUAGACCCGUCGAAAUUGGUUGUGAAAGGGAAUAUUAUAUGGUCCGACAAUCCAAAUGAUCUCAACGUCCAAGUCAUUAGCCCUUCAAACUUCAAGAUUUGCACACCAAAGAAAGUCCUAUCGUUCGAGGAUGCUAAGCAAAGAGCAUCGCAGUGGAAAAAGGCGAUUGAAGCUCUUCAAAACCGGUGAAUGGCUCUCCUGUCAAUUUUCUUAAAGCACAUUCUUUGGUUGUAACAACAUCAUAGAACAACAACACGCAAUCUGG